UCUCCUGGUGUUCCGCUCCUCGACUCAGUUGAAAAGCCUCGGCUAGGAUUCUCGGCCAAUGUCUAUAGUCCGCCAUGGGACCCAGUGGGAACCAUGGCCGAAAUGGCAACGGAGCACACGGCGCCAGCUCACAUCGAAACUCACCCUGACCCGGUUGAGAUGGCUGACACUGCGGUUUUGGCUCCUAUCGAGACAAAUUUCGCCGACCUCGGUAUUGCUGAACUGCCAGAGCGGACGAGUCCGUCGGAGGCAAAGCCGCCGCAAGCCCAGUCUACUCAUGAUUUGCUGCACCAGACGAACAUGAGCGAUGCAGCCCUCUAUGGCGCAACUUUUGGAACCGGAUCUAGGCCUCAAAAUUCGUCACCCUCUCGGAAAUCUACAGCAUCUCAGGAACCUCGACGCGAUUCAGGUAAAGGGAUCACGACUCCUGAUCACUCUCUGCCAGAGGUGGUGCCUCCGCCGGCGCCGCGACCAACGCAAAGCCCCUCACCAACCCCGAGCGGAAGUGGUCCUUUUAAUAUCAAAAGAAAGCCUUCCAAAUCGGCGGGCAAGCAGACUCAAUACCAGCCCUAUGUACCUGGGGCAGUCAGUAGCAUAGCAUCAGAGCAGUCGAGCACGACUGACUACAAACGCCGAGAACAUCGUGAUUCCCUUGCUCGCGAUGGAUCCCUAAUGAUGGGACCACGAAACAAGUUCGACCAGACAAGCAUGCCCUCUGUUCUCAAGCCUCCUCAGCUGCCGCCCAAAGUUCCCAUCGAUUCGCCUCAAGCCCCAAGCCCUCCCGCCAAUGAUCAAAGAGCCCCAAACAUAGCCAGUCCAGCCUCAGGUCUCGCCGCACAGGGGCCUUUGCAACACUUCCCAUCAGUGCUGAAGCCAGCAAGAGGACAGCCACAAAACAGAGCACAGGAGCCGUCGCCUCCGCAGUCAGCGUCUACCGAUAGCUCAAGCAAGAAACGGACGGGGAAGGAGACGCAAUACGCGGCAUUCCAACCAGGUCCCGCAAGCCAGACGGGAUCUCAACCGUCUCAUCAAGAUAACACUCAAGCUUUUGACAAGUCCGCCACAAUUUCGCAGUCAUCUUACGGUCAUCAUGGUUCAGAGGUUCAACGACCCGAGACGAGGCCUAUUCAGUCAUCACAAGAUCAGUAUCGAAUGGUUAGCCAAAGUGAUCGGUCUCCUGCAACAAAUACCCCACCUACACCGGCCUUCCUACAGCGUCCGAGAGCCCAGAGUGAUAUUCGCCAACAACCAGUUACCAGUGCUCAACACCGAACGUCAAUAGACUACCCUUCCGAUAAUACGCAAAGACAUGGUUAUACCACGGACGGGGGACGACCUCGACAGACAUCAUAUGCUUCAAGCGAGGUCUCGUCUCUCGGGCCUCCAACUGGCAGCCAGUCAUCGGUUCCCCUUCAAACUCCGUCGCCGUUAGAGAGUGACGGAAGACGCCAUUCUUCCGGCUUCUUCCAUGGCGCAAACUCAAACUCUUACUCCUCGCAGUCCGGUGCUGGGUUCGGUACCGCAGGCAUGAGGACAUCGUCAACUUCUGGUCCCUCUGCUGCAUCGACGGCAAUAGAGAAUGCUAGACAAGCCUACAAACCCGUAGAGAGUCAAGCCCCUCCAGCUCGACCAGGGAAGGUUCCAGUAUCGUCGGCGGCCACGGCUCAUCAUGACCAAGUCAUGGAGUCUCAGGCUUCUGACGAGACUUACACUCCUUCGUCGAAUCGCCGUCAAUCUCUGCCGCCUGGUAGCAUGACGAGCCAAAUAGCGCUGCCAGUGUCUAAGCAAUCCCAGCCAGAAAGAUAUGAGUUGUCAGAUGAGAGUCAAGGCCAAACACGGCCUCAUUUUGAGUCGGUGCAUUGGGAGACAAGCGGCACUAGUGCUGCUGAGGCUGCUCAUGGCAUUUCAAGGCCGUAUUCGGUACAUCCCAUGAGCAUGCAGUCAGGACAAUCUAGUGGCCCAACCUCAGUAGCCAAGCCCGUAUUCACAUCACAACCACCAUACCCAACCGAGGAACAUCGCCAACCUGUAACGUUGGCAAAUCGCCCGCCCCGUCCUACGGUGACUCUUCCUUCCCAACAAGCUCUUGGCCCAAUGAGUCCUUCCACGCCUAUAAGAUCUCCCGGUCAUCUACUCCACCCUAUUCACGAGCACAAUGAAAUUGACCAUGUGAUGACCUCUGCUUCUACUACUUCGGGGGGACGGAAUUCUCCAGAUACCCGAGGGUAUCCUUCUGAAUCGAGUUUCGCUCCUCGUCCAGCCUUCCACUCAGUGGCGAGUAACCCUCCACAGCACCACUCUAUAGUCAACGUUGCAGGUCUACCUCAGUCAAAUGCACUGCGACCCGGAUCAACCCCGCCUGUCAUGCAACAUUCGGCAAACGGAAAGGAAAAGGGAGGCUGGCUAUCCAAGUUCAAGAAAGGAGGCUCUAGCAAGUCCGGCGUCCUUCAAAAGGCGCCGCCGCCGCCGCCACAAGGUACCCCGAUACCUCAACAGCCGCUGCAAACCGCACCUCCACCACCAGCUCUGAUGUCAGGAAACCCUAUGGCUGCCGGCGUACCGAUAGAUCAGAGGGUAAGCCAACAAGCAAUACCAGCCAUGCCUGGACAACCAAGCAAUAUUCCCGACGCCCAAUAUACACCAUUUUUCCCGUCAAGCAAGCCAGAUUCUUCAGUUAACCAGGCCUUCGCUCCAAACACUAGCAGUCUUCAGCAACCGCCAAUUCGCCAGAAUUUCCCGGUGCAGAGCAAUACGUCUCUCGCUACAGGACCAAUGUCUCGGCCCCCCUCUCAAGCUCAGGAGCAAUAUUCAACCGGAGAACAGAUCCAGCAACGUUCAUCCAGCGUGCCACCCGGAAGCUUGGUACUACCUUCAGGGUCACCAAUGGACCCGAUGGAUAAUCUUUCGGACGCUGCUUCUGUUUCGACCAUGGACGUAUCUGAAGCUCAAGCACAGCCGGUACUAAGGCCGCAGCUUGUCACAGUCGAGCGGCAUGCUGUUCAGCCAAAUCCAGAGCAACGCGUACCUCAGAAUGUCGGCCACACCACCCAAUCGGCCCGGCCAACUGCUGAGGGGCGUCCUCUUGAUGUCAAGACGCUUGCAGACAGCGAAUUGACUGUCCCGCCUCUGUUCUCAACAUCUCAACCAAAGGCUACCGUCAGCGCCGCUCCUGUAGAUCAAGGGCCCGGUGCUCAGAAUAAGUGGGCGAAGAAAGCUGCUGUGGACUACUCUGGGGAUGACUGGGGCGAUGAUCCGUGGGACUAUCAGUAGACACGUAAAUAAGAUUCAGCCAUGCUAUUACGGGUGGCUUAUAUCGACUACCGUAGUCUUCUCCGACUGACAAUACCUAGAUGUAAGCAGUUUGUAGAUACCCAUCGUGUUGGUCCGUAGUCUUUGAGUCAAUCCAUAAUCAUCACCCUGACCUGUGG